AUGGAAAGAGGAAGCUUAGUUGGUGUUCUAAGGAACGACAAUGGAGCUAGACGAUUGGAUUGGUCCAACAGAAUACAUAUCAUUGAAGACAUAGCUCAUGCAUUGUUCUACAUGCAUUACGAUUGCAGUCCACCAGUUGUUCACAGGGAUAUAAACAGCAGCAAUAUUCUCUUGAACUUUGAUAUGAAGGCUUCUGUAUCAGACUUUGGCAUAGCUAGACUCUUACAUUCUUAUUCCUCUAAUCGAACUAUACCAGCUGGAACCAAUUUAUAUGUUGCCCCUGAAUUGGCGUAUACAAUGAUUGUGACAGAAAAAUGCGAUAUUUAUAGCUUAGGAGUGGUGGUACUAGAAACAAUUAUGGGAAAGCAUCCUGGGGAGCUUAUAACUUGUUUGUCUUCAUCAACCUGUUCUGGACAACAAAUCAUGUUGAAAGAUGUAUUAGACUCGUGUCUCUCUCAUCCAAUGGAUCCUCCAACUGCCAGUCGCUUGGUUUUGGUAGCAACAUUAGGCUUGGUAUAUCUGCGUUUUGACCUACAAUUCCGUCUGACCAUGAAGCAUGUAGCUUGCGAGCUUGUUGUUCCCAGGCCCCCAUUACACAUACAUAUCAGUGCAAUUUCAUUACAGCAACUACUGAAUCAAGAAAUUUAUAUGGUUGACCCGCAUUAG